AUGGAUACGACACCACCAUGGCUACGAGACGCCCUCAGAUUCGCUCUAACAGCGACCGCAUCGACGGAGACCCCAUGGUUCGCGCACGACUACGACGCCCUCAGCGCCGGCGGCGGAGGUGACCUUACCAAUCCCGACGACCCCGGCAAAGACCCGCGGUUCCGCAAACUGGUCGAGGCCAUAUUGUUCAGUCGGAGGUUUCUGAAUACGUAUAAUUUGGUGUUGUUGGCAGUGUUGCUGGUUUUCACUGUGUGGCAUUGGGGGGAGAAGGUCGUGUUGCACAGGCGGAAGAGACUAAGGGUUGGUACAGUGACAAGGAAUGACACAGCGAAGAGAGACAACAGGAUUACGUACGAAGAAGAUGAAGUUUGGAGUAGCUCGAGUAGUACUAUUGAAGGGAAUGCGACGCCCCCAGAUAACACCGCUGCGAAGAAUAUAAACGAUGCGGAUGAAUCGAGUCCUCUACUUCCCCCUUCACAGCGAUCGCGACCGCAACGAAAGCGUCUUGGAGUAUGGCGACCUUACUACAUACUCAAAUCCUCCCUCCAAUACCAACCUCCACGCAUACCCAUCGUCAACAAAACCCUACCUACCAACGCCGUCUCGCUACUCGUCCUCGCUUGGAUUGGCCUCAACAUCUUCUACAACCUCUACCGCAUGCCGCUCUCCUUCAUGUACCUCUUCGUCUUCGCCGACCGCUGCGGAAUCAUCUUCAUUACAAACCUUCCUCUCCUCUACCUCCUCGCUGCCAAGAAUCAACCGAUAAAAUUCUUGACUGGGUACUCUUACGAGAGUCUGAAUAUCUUCCAUAGAAGAGUAGGGGAGCUUGUGUGUUUGGAAGCUUUCCUGCACUUUUUGGGUAUGGUGGCGGUGUGGUACGGGUUGUUACGCCAUCUAGGUUUCACACUAGCCAGAUUCCUCUUCAAUCGGGUUGUUCUGCUAGGUUUAGCGGCGCUGAUUGCGUAUGAGGUGAUCUACUUUACUAGUCUUGGGAGCUUUAGGAGGAGAUGGUAUGAGAUCUUCCUGGGUCUGCAUAUCGUGCUUCAAGUCGCUGGUCUGGUGUUCCUGUGGUUCCAUCACCAUACCUCUCGACCCUACGUUGGUGUUUCUCUCGCCAUCUUCCUGAUCGAUCGAGUGGUCUACCGGAUGUGGUUGAAAUCUAGCACUCACCCUGCAACACUCACUAUUCUUGCAGACGACGAAACACUUCUCUUAUCAGCGAACUGGCAAGUCGACACCAACACCAAGAAAACUGGGGUACUGGCGAAGAACAUGAUACAAGGUUGGAAACCAAACGAACAUAUCUUCAUAUCCGUUCCGAGUCUAUCCCGUAAACACGCUAUCCAAUCACACCCCUUCACUAUCUUCUCUGCGGCACCAACAACAACACCGUCAACCCAGAACGGUCAAGAUGGAAAGCAUGCAUGGUUCUCCCUCCUAAUUCGUCCUCAAGCCGCAUCAGGUUUCACACACUCCCUCCUCAACCACGCACGCACCUCCUCCCAUCAUCCAACCCAGCAACUGCGAAUCCGCCUCGACGGACCCUAUGGCUCGUCCCAUGCACUCGAUGUCCUAGAGUCUUCUUCAACAGCUAUUCUAAUCGCAGGAGGGUCCGGUAUAGCAGUCGCCUACCCCCUCCUAUACGCACUCUUACAAUCCUCACCCAACGACGAUCCAGAGACUACUCUCAAGUCUCCCAGGAAAGUCAGGUUACUUUGGAUAACACAUUCACCCGACCACCGACUUUGGAUCCCAGGGGAUAAAUUAAAAGAGUUGGAAGAUUGGGGACUUGAUGUUCUGAUUCCGCCGCCGACUAGUCUUGCGGGACGGCCUGAUGCUGGUGGUAUUAUUAGUGAAUGGGUCGAGGAGGAGAAGGGAAGGAGUGGUGUUGUGGUUAGUGGACCGGAUGGACAGAAAUUCGUGCAAAUCCGCGCUCGGUGGGAGACGAUUCGAUCAGGUGAAGACGAAGUAGCGACAAUGGUAGGCUGGAGAGAAAAGCCGACAGCUCACCAGCCGGUGAGUGGUGAGCCUCAAGAGAACGGCGGCAGCAAAUUCCGGAGGAAGCUCAGUUAUGGUCUUGCUUUCAUCUCAAACCCUCUCUCGCAGCUAAAGACGACUCCGGGACGUCAUCAGGUGAAUGUGCCGUCAUUGGCUGUCACCAAGCCCUCCACGACCGACAUUGUUACCACAAACCCCAUGUGCGAGACUCUACCUUCCCCAGUGCUUCUGUCUACACCACCUAGGCGCUCCAACGACGCGUCUGAGAAGCCUGCAACAGUCCCUUUGACCAGAAUUUUGGCCAAGAGCGCCGAUGUAACCACCACACCCCAGCCAUUACCUCGAUCACGCACACUAAGCUUUAUCCCACUCCCGGUCAGGACUGAGCCUAGUUCGUUCGCCGCAGAUGUAGAGGGUGCAGUCAAAUCCCAUUCCCUCGCGGCGAUACCUCAACUAAAGCCAGAUGUCGUACCUUCGAAGAUUCCUACUCCCAGUCCGCCAUCGCUGGAGCGUCGUCGCUCUAGUCCACGUCAACAUGUUCAUCAACACAUUUCGUACCGCGCUUCACAGCAAAUCAAACACAUUGCGACUGCCCACGCGUUGGUAGCCGCCAAUAACGGUUCUCCGGUGAAGCACCCAUACCAAAUGCGCUCACGUACAACACCGAAUCUUGUGAAGGCCUCCAAUCCAUCACAGCCAGCGCGAUUCGUUGCCCCAAGACGGCCGGGACCUAGGAAUUCUCCAGUAUGUCCAAGAGCUCAGAAAACAGUUCUGCAAGAGAACAUACCGACGGACAUGCGUAUUACACACAGGCGGUCACAGAUUCAAGAGAGAACGCUAAAGAGGGAGUCACUUGCAGUGCCCGGUACUCUGAAGAACAGAAGAUCGUUUGGACCAGGAACACCACUCCCACAGAGCAGGCGACCAAGCUUUGCGACACCACCCACUGCAAGGAAUCGGAUGAGCUCACAAUUUGCACAAAAAACGCCGGUCACUGUAAAGCGCAUACAGUCGGAAGAGCAGACAAGGACACACGCCCAUGUCUCACCUGAGGCGUCGAAGGUCACAGUGGUGCAGUCUCACGACAUGGACCCUCCUAUAUCAGUUCCCGAGACUGUCCGUGCUGCCAAGCCAGCCUUGCCCCGAUCAAAUACGGACAGAGACCUGCAGAGGAAGACACUGGGUACACCCAAUGGUUUGGGUGGCGUGUGGCGGUCAUCACGCGCUUUGGCAGUCACGACACAUGAGGUGAGCAAACUUCCUCUUUCACGUACCUUCCACGACUUUGGAACCCAGUGGAAAGUCACUCCACCAGUGCCUCGCAUCCCGGAGCAGUACAGGAUUGCAUCGUUGUCGAAUCUCACACAGCCAGUUCGCAUGGAUCAAGAAAACAUCAUUCAGUCUCGCCAUGACCGUGUUAUAUCCGAUGCGAAUUCGUGCGAGUCGAUCCCUGAGGAGACCGAGGAAGAAGGGAUGGGCUACACCCCCAAACACACAUCUUACCAGCCUGGUGGAUGGCUCACAUCGUCGUUGCAAUCCAGUGGAUCUAGUGUCAGUCAUGCAGCAUUCGCCUUAGUACCAACCACAACACCGGAAACUACGGAAAGCGGGUCGGAUUCUUCAUCCAAGAGGCCAUGGAGUGUCAUGGAUCAGGAAGUAUUAGACGUUGCUGACAUUGAAAUCUUCCAGGUCAAGGAUUACAUGCCACCCCUUUACUGGGCUGGACGGUUCCAGUCCCGAUACGAUCAAUGGCAUACCGAUGCGAUGGAAGCCGAGCUGAACCCGAAUUACCAACCUUCUGGCCCCUUGGGAGAAUGCAAACUGAACCAAGACAAGCUCGCGGCGUGCUUGAUACAGGGACAAUUGCGCGAUCUGUGCACUUCUGAUCAAGCAGCAGACAGCCUCUGGGAGUUUGAGUACAAAUACAGGAAAGACCAUAAGCUUCUCGGCAAUCCAUUUGAUAUCCCGUCAACGCCAUUCCGUAAGCAAGACGACGAUGCAACUUCUGCAGGAACUGGAGUUUUCGGACGGGCUAUGAGGAAACUGACUCCUCGUAAGGCUAGUCUGGUCAAUCUGAUGAAGGGUAAAGGUUGGAACAAAUCUGAUGAGGCGAAAAGCGGCGAUGUGUCCGAGCGAAAUCAGGAGACGUCCUCGGAUUAUUCGUGA